CGUCUUUGCAAUGUAAACACUGCAGUGGAAUUUCGUCGUAUGAGAAUUUUAAUUUAAUAUCAGUGAAUUCAACGCAGUAUAAUGUCCAAAACAGUUCACGUAGUAGACGGCGAGGCUUCGGAAUCGGAUUCUGAAAUAGAAAUUGGUAAAUCUCCAACUUUGGACCUGCAAGCAACAGAGGCGUUUGUCGUUGCCGGAGAAGCCCCGGAGUCUGACGAUGAAGGAAUGCUGCCGACGCCUAUAGCGCUACCAGAUUUGGAUGUACCCCUUCAUGUGCCGUUCCAGGCUCAAAAUAAACUGCCAGGCUCUCUGCUACACCAGAAGUUAUGGGAGUGCAACGUGUCCCUACGGGCAACUCUAGAGGGACUGGUGAAGCACACCACAGACAUUGCUGUGGAGAAGCUCACUAGAGCUGACAAGAUGCUGCUCAACGGACAGGAAAGCAUGCGCGCAACAAACGCAAGUCUAACGCUGGCGAGGGCACGCCUCAAGCAAAUACAUACGGAGCUAGAAAACGCGCACUGCAGCAGCGCGUUACCUACUGUUAGGAUUAAAUAAUAGUUAGAAUAAAUAUUUAUCUAGUUAAAUUGCUUACAAUAAAUUAUAUUUCAUUACAA